UGAAAAAAAAAAAGAGUAAAAACGUCGUCUCUUCACGAGAGGCGAGUAGGAGAAGAAGAUGAAGAAACCAAUUCCUAAAAUUAGGGUUUUUGGUCAGCGAUCGAUUGCUUCUUCCUUCCUGAAUCUGAGCUCGAUUCCUGUCGAUGGCUCUCCGGAAAAUCCGUCGGAGAAAGUGGAGAAUUGUAGCAAGCUGAACAAAUCAGUUCUGUUUAAGCCCAACAACAACACUCAGGAGAGGCUAAGACCAUUCACUUCUUUGGUUAGCUCUAAAGAUGUGACUCAACUCUCUCAUGGGUUUGGGAUGGAGAGAAAAGCGAGGGAAGAAAGGAAAAAUGGUGAUGGUGGUCUUGAAAAGAUGAUGCUUCAGCAGUUCAAGCCAAGAGAGACUCAGGUAAGUGAAGAAGUGAGUAGAGAUGUAACUUGUGAGGUGAGUCUUGAGUCGUUGGAUCAAACCGUAGCUGAAGAAACGGAGCAUCCGUACUCCACUGAAAUCAAUGAAGAUAUCAUUGUGAGGGACGAUAAAACAUCAAAGAAAAGAAAAGAUCCUUUUGAAGGUAUGGAGAGCAUCGGUAGAACGGGAAAGCCUGUUAUAGUCUUUGGAGACAACUCAAAGGUAUCAAAGCCAAUGCAAAGAGAAAGAGAAAGAGGAAGAGGAAGCAACAACAAUAGUAAGAAGCAGAGACCCACAUACAACCAUUAUGCAAAUGGUUCAGGAUGGUGGGACUGUGAUAUGGAAGGUGUUGACUCGGAAGAAGUGGGACAUAGUGAAGUGUGGGAAGGAGUUGGCUCGACAACAUUUGGAGAUAUAGUUGAUUGGCACUAACAAGUAACAAGACGGGUCGGUCAAUUAUCUCUUACCGUUACAAUGGUUUUAACUUAAACAAAAGAUUAUCAAAUGGUGUAAGUAGCCUUAGGUAGCAAAGUCCUUUGCUUGUGGAACUGAAGGGGGAAUCGUUUUGUAUGAUGCAAAUGGAACUAUAUGUUGUCAAUUCGUAAACUUUUUGACUAAUGUUUUGGGAAGACCUGUAUUUACUUCAUA